UCAACAUGGCGACUUUUGGUCGAAUUUCCAGCACGUGUGUUACGAAACAGGCAAAAUUGCGUAUUUGUAUGACAAUAUCUAGACAUUUGAGUGCUGGAGUUCAUAGAACAGUUACUCUUCAACCUGUAGCAACGACAUGUAUAUGUAAAAACUCAAUUCAUACAAAUACUGAUUACAGAAACGAGGUCAAAGGACAGUUGCAUCAUACUUGUCUGCCUUUGCAAAAAUCCCAAGUUGCAAUUAGUAGAAACUUCUCUUCUCUUUAUUCUCUUGGCAAUAGAUUUAACAGUAGUGCCUUUACUGGAAAUGAUCCUUUCUCAACAUUUAAUAUUUCAAAAAGAUUUUGUAGCAGUAACAGUAGCAGUAGUGAUGGUGAAGAUGGAGCCAGUAGCAGUGGAGGAGAGCAAGAGGAUGGAUCAGCUGAUACUGCACCGGAAGAAAAAACAACAUCUGCAACUAAUACAUUAUUAGCUCCUAUUACAGUCCCAGAUUAUUUUCCAAACCUACCUGUCUUGACGAUUAACCGUAACAUUGUUUUCCCAGGAUUUAGAAAAUUAAUAACUGUGACAGAUAAAGAUUUGAUAAGUCUUUUAGUACGGAAGAUGGAGUUGCGACAGCCAUAUGCCGGUGUGUUUUUGAAAAAAGAUGAAAGUAAUAAUGCAGAGGUUGUGGAAAGUUUAAGUGAUGUUUAUAAUGUUGGGGUAUUUGUGAAGAUUCUUUCCAUGCAAGUACUGGAAGCUGCAGAUAAAAAAAUGAUAAUGGAAGUACAGGCUUACAGGAGAAUUAUGAUUAAGUCUGUGUUAACUGAAGAUCAGAAAUCAGAUGAUGAAGCAAAAAAGAAAGGUAAAAGAAAAAAUCGAAGGAGAAACAAUGUCCUUGAUGCAUUGCUUGAUAAUCCCAAGGAUGAUACAGCUCCAAUACUGCCAAUUGAAGCAUCUGAUUUAGAUGAGAAUGGUAAUCCUGAACUGAUCACACCCACUCCCCCUCCAUUGUCUAAUGAUUUACUGGAAGGUAUAGUGGUAACACCUCCACAGAUGCCAAAAGUUUUGAUGGUGGAAACAGAAAAUAUAAAAGAUUUACCUUUAACUAGCGAUACAAAAAUAAAGGCCCUUACUGCAGAAAUUGUUAAAACUAUUCAAGAAAUACUUAUGAUGAAUCAUUUAUAUAGAGAUCAGUUACUAUCAAUUUUAGAUAAAGGUUCAGUUGCAGGUGAUCCUGUGUUUAUGUGUGAUCUAGCUGCUCAGCUACUUAAUUCAGUUGAAGCAAAAGAUCAACAGAAAGUUCUUGAGGAAACAGAUAUAUCAAAAAGAUUAUAUCUUACAUAUGAACUACUUAAAAUAGAAUAUGAUGUUUGUAAACUACAGAGAAAAAUAGUUAAAGAGGUUGAAGAGAAAGUCCAGAAACAACACAGAGAAUAUAUUUUAAGAGAACAAUUAAAGGUUAUAAAAAGAGACUUAGGUAUUGAGAAAGAAGAUAAAGAUGCUCUGGAAGAAAAGUUUAAAGAAAGAAUAAAGGAUUUAGUAGUUCCCAAACAUGUGAUGGAAGUCAUUGAUGAAGAAACUAAUAAACUUAGUUUCCUGGAUCAACAUUCAUCAGAAUUCAAUGUAACAAGAAAUUAUCUUGAUUGGUUAACCAAUUUACCCUGGGGUAAAUAUAGUGAAGAAAAUUUGGAAAUAGAACAAGCCAAAGAAGUGUUGGAGGAAGAUCAUUAUGGAAUGGAAGAUGUUAAAAAUAGAAUUCUUGAAUUUAUAGCAGUUAGCCAGUUAAAAAAAUCAACACAAGGAAAAAUAUUAUGUUUUUAUGGUCCACCAGGUGUUGGUAAAACAAGUAUAGCCAGAUCUAUUGCUAAAGCCUUAAAUAGAGAGUAUUACAGAUUUAGUGUUGGAGGUAUGACUGAUGUUGCUGAAAUCAAAGGACAUAGGAGGACCUAUGUUGGAGCGAUGCCAGGUAAAAUGAUACAGUGUUUAAAGAAAACAAAGACUGAAAAUCCACUUGUACUUAUUGAUGAGGUAGAUAAGAUAGGUAAAGGUUACCAAGGUGAUCCCGCUUCAGCUUUACUUGAGUUACUAGAUCCUGAACAAAAUGCUAACUUCCUUGACCAUUAUCUUGACGUAACAGUUGAUUGUUCUAAAGUAUUAUUUAUUUGCACUGCCAAUGUGACAGAUACAAUCCCAGAACCACUUAAAGACAGAAUGGAAAUGAUAGAUGUUUCUGGUUAUGUAGCAGAAGAAAAAUUAGCUAUAGCUCAGAAAUAUUUAGUGCCGCAAGCCCAGGAACAUACUGGAAUUAGUAAAGAGGGUGUUUCUAUAUCAGAUGAUGCCAUGAAUACUUUAAUAAAACAAUACUGUAGGGAGAGUGGUGUUAGAAAUCUACAAAAGCAGGUUGAAAAGAUAUUUAGGAAAGCAGCACUAAAAAUGGUUAAGGAAAACACAGAAAAUAUAGAGAUAUCUACAGAUAAUUUAUCAGACUAUGUAGGGAAGCCAUUAUUUACUUCAGACAGGAUGUAUAAUACAACUCCACCAGGGGUUGUCACAGGAUUAGCAUGGACUGCUAUGGGUGGUGCUACGUUAUAUAUAGAAACAGUCUUGAAAAGAGCUUUAGAAGCAGGUGCUGACAAAGAUGGCGCUAUGGAAGUAACUGGCAAUCUUGGCAAAGUAAUGCAAGAAAGUAUACAGCUAGCUUAUACAUAUGCUAAAUCAUACAUGGCACAGACAGAACCUGAUAAUAACUUCCUACAGAAGGCACAGCUUCAUUUACAUGUCCCUGAGGGAGCUACACCAAAAGAUGGACCUAGUGCUGGAUGUACCAUAGUAACAGCUUUAUUGUCCCUGACAUUAGGGAGACCAUGUAGACAGAACCUAGCAAUGACUGGAGAGGUGUCAUUAACAGGAAAGGUGCUCCCAGUGGGAGGUAUUAAGGAGAAAACUAUUGCUGCAAAGCGAUCAGGAAUUACAUGCAUUAUCUUGCCUGAAGAGAACAGAAAAGAUUAUUCUGAUUUACCAGACUUUAUCAAAGAUGGAGUUGAAAUACAUUUUGUAGAGAAUUAUCAACAAGUAUAUGACAUUGCAUUUCCUGUAGAUUCAUGACAGGAAGUCACUGUAAAAUAGACGAUUCUAUCAUAGGUUAAUGCAAAGUCAAUUAGAUAUUUUUGUAUUAUAUCUCAGUGUUACAUAAAAAGUCGCAGGCAAAUUUAUUAAUGAUGAUAAAAUGUUUAACUGUGAUUUCACCAAAUCAACCACCAAGUUAGAUUUUUUUAAGGCAUAUAUCCCAUAUUUAUGACAAUUCCUUCAUGUAAAAUGAAAUAUUCAACAAAAAAAUAUAACAUAAAAAUAUGUUGGACUGAUUAAACAAUACUCACCUUAAAAUGUUAAUCUAACAUAAGAAUUUGAUUUUUUUUUAAUGCCAAAUUUUACUGAUUCUUUUCUAUAAAUUGUUGAUAAGACUGCAAAAAUGAUUUAUUGAUACAAACAAGUUAUUUCUAUGAGUAGGCAUAUUUGUGACUGGAGUUAUAUGUUUUGUAAUUAUUAAUCAGGUAUAUGUUUAUUUAGAAAUACAGUGCAACUAAUCAUACUAGAUUAAUGUGCCCUUUUUACGUGAAGUCAGGCCUCAAAGGAAGAAGUGUUUUUCUCUUAAUUUAUUCAUUAUAACCUUGUUGUGAUUAAUAUGAUAUUUUUUGUUUUUGUAUUAUGUAUAUAAUUUAUAUUUGUAUCAAAUAAUGAUAUUUAUUACACAACAAUAUUUAAUGUCAGUAUAUGAAUACAUAAUUGUUGCACGCAUCUUACAUUACUAUGAUAAACUUACUGCCAUGGUUUACUGCUAAUUAGGUAUUCUACUUUUAGUUCAAUUUUGCCAAUAAAUCUGUAGGACUAGUUUCCACUGAAUAUAUUUCUCACCAGGGCCUUUCCCUCAAUGUCAUAGCUUCAUGGGUAUUUUGAGGUUCUAAUUUAAUAUUUUUUUUUUCAUAAUAAAACAAUCUAUGAAUUUGGGAUAGCUAUAAAUGUAUUAAAAAGGAAAUUCUGCUGAAAAAAAUCACCCCUCCCCACCCCACCAAAAUUAAAAAAAAACAAAAAAAAUUCUCCUAUUUAAGACCAAAUUGUCUUGUUAUUUUGGAGAAUCUACAAAAAAAAGAUUGCAUUGUCCUUUCAUCCAUAUAUCAUUGUUGAAACAGGCUAUUAUUUGAAGUGAUCUGUUAUAGUUGUAGAUAGCACUGGAUACAUACAUACUAAUUCUUAGUAUAUUAUUCAAGCAGAUUGAUAUAUAUGUACUAUAUUUUACCACUGGUUAGAGUUAAAUAUCUAUCAAAGUUUCAUGCAAGUGUUAAUUUUUUAUUUUCAAUAUGUAAAAGAUCAAAUUAAUACUAUCAUUCAUAGAAAUACACUUUUUGCUCAAUAUUUGAACAAAUUGUAGAUUGUUGUAGUUACCCUUGCAUUUUGUGAUAUGUAAAAAAAAGUAUACUAAAAAAAAUAAUGUAAAUAGAAUAAAUGUUAAAAUACAA